AUGAGAGUACUGGGGAAAGAAGUCUCUUUCCUCCUAGCCCAAGGCUGACCCUGGGUGUACUUCACUGUAACUUUUCCAUGCAGGCUAAGCUAGUGUUCACCUGUGGCUGGGAUCCCUGGACCGCUCUCCCUUAGGGGAGGUCUGCCUGGUCUCCUCUAAAGAGAUGGUCACUCCCCUCCUGGCUUUGUUUAAUUAACUAUGGCGACUAAUGGCUCUGUUUGUGAGAAUACAAAUUUUAAGGACGGUAGAACCUCAGAGUAUGAGCACCUCGGGAAUGGAGAUUGUUCGUAUCUCUGAAAUGUUCAUAACGCUGAACAAAACGUUCUGGUGGUUCUUUCUAAAGUUUACAACUGAACAUUGACUUAAUAGAGCUUUGAAACUGUACUUUGUGGAAGAAAAUUGCUGCUUUCCCUUCAUUUUUGUAGUAGUUUAUAUUUAACAUAGCACUGUACUAUGUUACUUUUUUUUUUCCGUCUCUGCUGUUGCCUGAUUGUGUACUUCCGGUUCCAAAUGAAGUGUGUGGUUAAUAGGUCACUUUGUAACCCUGGUGUUCAUAACUCUGAGAUUCUACUGUAGUUCUAUUGCCAUCUGCCCUGGUGUUUCCUGGAGACCAGCACAGCAGGAUGAUGUCAGAAGGGAGUGGAAGGAGGCAGGUGUCUGUGGUUCAAACUCUUCCAGAUGGUGGAGGCUCCCAGCUCCCUUGACUUCCUUGGAGAUUGUUCACAUGUACCCAAGUGCAGAACGUGGUCUUAGAAGAGGAAGGUCCCAAUAAUUAAUUUGCAGUACACUGAAAUAGUUUUUGACUGCCCCUUUCCUGCCAGGCCCCCUUAUCUCUGGCAAAGGAGGACAGGACUUUUUCAAAGCAUAUUCAUGUCUGUUUAAACUGCCAUGUGUGCUGAUAUUGAACGGGUCUUCUGCACACCUUCCCAGUCUGAGCUGGGAUUGGUCCAAGUUCCUACUGGUUUCUAGAGGAAACCCAGGGACCAGCCAGACUUGGGUAGUGUAGCUGUGAAUUAUAUAAGUCGAUUACUUUAUCAAACUAAUACUAAAUGAAAAUAUUUUAAUUUUCCUGGUGUUCUCUUUUCGAAUAUUUCUUUUCAGUGUGUCUUCUGAGCAUUCUCUAACACAAUACUGAAAUUACUUCCAAUUUUGUUCUGCAUAGAAUAUUGUUCGAGUAGAGCUCUAUUAUUGUAUGAUCAGCCAUGAGUUCUGGUACACCUGCUGCAACCAUUGCUGCCAUGAUGCCUGUUGCAACUGUGAUGCCUGAUGACACACCAAUGUUUGACCCAAAUCUCCUUCAGGAACUCGACUGGAGCCAGAACACAGCAACAUUUUCUCCUGCCAUUUCACCUUUAGAUCCAGGGGAUGGGUUAGUUAUGAGACCCCUUUGCACUGCUGAUUUAAAUAGAGGCUUUUUUAAGGUUCUGGGUCAGCUGACAGCAGCUGGAGUUGUCAGCCCUGAGCAGUUUAUCAAAACCUUCGAACACAUGAAGAGAUCCGGUGAUUACUAUGUGACCGUGGUGGAAGAUACAAAUCUGGGACAGAUUGUUGCUACAGCAACGCUAGUUAUAGAACAUAAAUUUACUCAUUCAUGUGCAAAGCGAGGAAGGGUAGAAGACGUUGUAGUAAGUGACGAAUGCAGAGGAAAGCAGCUUGGCAAACUAUUAAUGUCUACGCUUACGUUACUAAGUAAGAGACUGAACUGUUAUAAAAUUACUCUCGAGUGUCUGCCCAAAAAUGUGGCUUUCUAUAAAAAGUUUGGAUAUUCAGUAUCUGAAGAAAACUACAUGUGUCAAAAGUUCUUUAAUUAAGAACUUCCAGCUUAUCUUUUGUAAAGACUAUUAGUGGAGGACCUUGUGGAGAAACUCAUUCUCUUCAUGGAAAAUGUAAAUAGUUUGUCACUGCAAAUGUAAUGAGCCCUGUAGAUCCCAGACAACAGAUUUGUAAAAAUUGCAAUUUGAAUGACAUUUUCAAAGGUCUCUGGGGGGUGAUGAGCUGUUGGUACUAAUUUUACUACUGUUCAGCCUAAGUGAAGCUUUUUUUUGUUCUUAGCUGGGUUAUAAAGGGGAUGGUUUUUAACCAAAGGUAUAUAUUUUUAAUCUCAAAAUUUUUCUUGCCUUGUAUUUUUCUAAAGUUUUGUGCUUCUUGGUAGCCAAAGUGCAGGUAGUGUGGGGGUUGAGCUUCUCUCUGUACUUCGUUGAAGACAAAUGUAAACUGGGUGGGGAACGCACCCUAUUACAUAACAACAGUAAGGCAGAAAAGGAACUUGUUUUAUUUCUAACCUUAAAACGUAGACUUCAAUGCUACUGCAAGUACCCACCUAACAGCUAUCGAAUGAACACCCUUUAAUAGAUGCCUCUACGUUCUCCAUGGGAAAUUAGCUAAUGUGUUUUAAUUCAUGUGAAUAAUUUUACACGGCGGCAUUUCAUUCAUGCUUCCUUCAUGCCGCUGCAACAAACUCAAAAUGAAAGUUUCAUAGGCAUUAGCUUCCAAAAAUUAGAUUGAACAGAUUAUGUUGGAAGAUAUAAUGUGGCUAUAGUAGACAUUUAUUGGGCAUACUUCAGUUGACAUUUUAAAAUAUACCUGAAUACUGACUACAUAUUCAGGUCCUGCACUUUAGUUGCUAUAUUGGAAAGAUUCAAAGCAGUCACUUAUAAACUUGUGGCUUGUGCACAGAGCAAGGAAAUUGUAAAGUUGUCUAAAGUGCAAAAUAUUUAUCUCCUCUUGAGUAAGGCUUUCCGUAUUUCUGUUCUAUUUAGAUUAAUGUCAUUUAAGAACAGGAGUUAACACCUCCUGUAUCAGUGAUGUGCUCAAAGUCAGUGAACACAUUUGACUUAUUACUGGCCAUACUUGAUUCCUCUGGGCCAGAUAGACGUUCUUCUCUGAUGGUAACUGGUUACACAAUAUUGAAUUGCUGAUUAGCAAAGAAAUCCCAAAUCCUGGUACCAAAGGCUUGAUGCUGCUUUGGAUUGUCCCGUCUGCUCUUAACAUUGGGUAAAUGAUUUUAGCACUUCUUGCCAUUGAUGGCAAUCAAACCCUUGUUUCAAUGGUAACAUAUGGUAGGAGAGUGAUAAAAACUAGCGUUAUGAAUAGGGUAUUGUGAGUAAUGAAGGUUACUACAGAACAAUCUCUUCUUGUUUUUGAACAAUUAGGCCUUAGAAACUGUUCUCUUUUCAGCUGAGGACUACUUUAAGUUGUGGUGAGGGCUCUGUUUGAUGUAAUUGAUAGUACUCUAAUAUAUUGUUUUCUUGGUGAUGUCUAGGUUUUAUUUAUUUUUUUAAAAAGCGUUGUUUAAUCUAAAAUAAACAGAGACUGCCAUA